UAAAAUGCGGAAUUCACCAGCCAUGCCUCGAUAAUUCCUCCCUACGGAUAUAUACGGGGGUUUUUCCGGCCCCGGUCGAUCACGAUAUAAUUAUCUUAUAUCAGCGUCUUCAAAUAUUUAGGAUCAAUUACCUGAGCAAACAAUCAUUGUUUUUCCAACUUUAACCUUCCCUUUAAGCUUUGUCUGGUUCGCGGCGGCUGCCCGUUAUCUACUUAGCAUGCCCGUCUUCACCGAAUUCUCCGCCUCCUCGCGCGAACUUCGCGUCCUCCCUUCCUUCGCACCCCCUCUACCCCGCCUUUCCCCCGCCUUCCCAAAACACGACACACACCCCGACGCGCCGGCACAAACGAAAUAUGAAGUCGUCAUCGUGGGCGCCGGCCCAGCCGGACUCAUGCUCAACCUCCUCCUCGCGCGCUACGGCCUCGACGACUCCUCCCUCCUCUGCGUCGACGCGAAGCCCGGAACACUGAAAUCGGGCCAGGCCGACGGGCUGCAGCCACGAACGCUCGAGGUCCUGAAAUCGCUGGGUCUCGCGGACGAGAUACUGAAUGAUGGGUGCCACAUGGAGGAGGUCGCGUUUUGGAAUCCGACGGGGAAGACCGAGGGUGGUGUUAUUGAGCGGACGUCGAUUGUGCCGGAUGUCAGUGUGCCUGCGCGGUUUCAGCACGAGGUUACGAUUCAUCAGGGAAGGAUUGAGCGGAUUCUCGAGACGGAUUUGCUGAGGUAUUCGAAGCGCGGCGUGCAGAGGAAUACGAAGCUGCUUGAUGUGAAGAUUGAUGAGGAGGGGGAUCCAGAGUUUCCGGUUGUUGCGCAUGUCGAGGUUCAGAAUGAACGUGGGGGGAAGGUGCGGUACUCGGUGCGUUCAAAAUACCUGGUUGGAGCGGAUGGUGCGCAUUCCAAUGUCCGCCGGUGUAUGGGGCUGGAACUCGAGGGCGAGUCGACGGAUCAUAUCUGGGGCGUUGUCGAUCUGGUUAUCGAUACUGAUUUCCCGGAUAUUCGACGGCGGUGCGCGAUCCAUUCACCGGCCGGGUCGGUCAUGGUCAUUCCGCGCGAAAGAAUCGUGACUGGGGACUACUUGACGAGGUUGUAUGUUCAAGUGCCGGAGGACGAGAUUGAGGCUGGUGAAGACCAGAAGACGAAGGAGGGUGCAAAGGCGCGCAGAGCGCAAGUUACGCUGGAUGGUAUCUUUCAGCAUGCAGCCGAAGCCUUCAAACCGUACUAUAUCAAGCCCAAGCAAGAUGGUGCGGUGGACUGGUGGGCGGCUUACCAGAUUGGGCAGCGGGUUUCCGGGCAAUUCACUGUCAAGGACUCAAAGGGCAUUAACCGGGUGUUCAUAUCCGGUGAUGCGUGCCAUACGCACAGUCCCAAGGCCGGCCAAGGAAUGAAUGUCUCAAUGAUGGAUUCGUACAACCUCGCUUGGAAGCUCGUAUACUCCCUCCAUGGGCUCACCCCCGGUCCACUAGAGACCGCAAAGUCCGACCCGGUUCUCGACACAUACCAUCAAGAACGUCACACAAUCGCCCAACAACUCAUCGACUUCGACCGCGCCUUUUCAUCCAUGUUCUCCGGCAAGAUCGGAUCAGAGGACGGAAUCGGCAAGGCCUUGACGCACGAGCAAUUCCUCGAAGUUUUCAGCACAGGCAACGGCUUCACCAGCGGUUGCGGAAUCGAGUACCCGGAGAACAUCACCGUCGACAAAACCGCAGCACAAAACCCCAUCACAGGAACAGAUUACCUCCAAGGAAUCCUCCAUCCCGGAAGACGCUUGCUUAACGUGCGAGUCAAGAGAUUCGCAGAUGGAAACAGGCGAGAUCUACAAGAUGACUUCCUCUCAACCGGCCGUUUCCGCAUCCUCGUCCUCACAUCCUCCGACCUCCUCAACCCACAAGGCACCUCCGCACAAACACUAAAAACCCUCGGCUCUUCAAUAAUCCCCAAAUUCCCACCCACAGUCGUAGAACAAGUCGUCAUCCACCCGCGUCUCGAAACAACGAACUUCAUGUGGCGAGACCUCCCGCACGAACUGAAACAGCAAUCGGAAAUGCGGUUUUACAGCGGCUACGCGUUAUCUGACGAUGUGUAUAAGAUUUAUGGGGUUGAUGAGAGCAAGGGUGCGAUUGCUGUCGUACGGCCUGAUGGGUAUAUUGGGACGAUUGCGGCGCUGGAUGAUGUAGAGAGGGUUGAAGGGUAUUUGAGAAAGUGUAUUCGGACCGUCUAGGUCGAUUUGCAUAGAUGGUGUAUAUAUAGACUUGCAAAUGGAGAUAGCAGGUCACUCUACAGCCACAUAAUACCUAGUGGUAACUACUCAGCAAUAAGGCAAUCUAAUCUCGGUUCCUCCA